CUGCAUCUAUCUUUGUUUCCUCAUUCUUAUAUAAAUACAGGGGCUGAGACUUCCCGCUUUCUAGCCCUGGCAAAGCUCGAAUGGUGAUAGGUCAUCGAAACUUCAUGGGCCUGCAUCAUGAUAUGUUGCAUGCAGGGUCCUAAUAUUACCUAGGUAUAUAUAGGGCAAGACUAUACGGUAAUUACAUACAAAAUUCGCGCCAUCCAUAUACCUUCGCAAAAUGUAUCCAGGCCCUCAAUUAAUAGGCUCAACUUCGAUUCGGCUUCUCACAUUAUUUCCCGACGAAGACGAUGCGCCUUUACGGUGUCGACUUGAGGUCGCCAACUUAACAGAGAAUCCGGCUUUCGUCGCGCUAUCGUACGUUUGGGGCGUUACCGCGCAGCCUCCCCAGGUAGUCCUCUGUAAUGGCCACCCUUUCGAGGUAACGGAGAAUUGCUGGGAAGCUCUGGCUCAAUUUCGUCAGGACAUACGGAGAUCCAGAAAUACUAGCGCAGAGCCCAGCUCGAUCGCGCUUUGGAUCGACGCAAUAUGCAUCAACCAGAAAGAUGAAGUUGAGAAAACUGGCCAAAUUAUGAUGAUGGGCGAGAUCUAUAAGAAAGCAUCCUCAGUCUGUAUCUGGCUGGGAAAAGCCGAUAGCGAGACCGAUGAAGCCAUGGAUUACCUCGAGAAUUGUGGAUUCCAAGAUCUACUAGAUCCGAGCGAAAAUCACAGCUAUACAAUACCCCAAAAGGCUCACUCGCGUGCUAUGCUUCGCAUCCUCUUCCUACGCUUCAUUGAGAUUUUGUCAUUUGCUGUGUGGCCAAGGAAUGCCUAUAAGAAAAAUCGCGCCUCAAUGUGUCUACCAGAUCAACUAGUAUCAGACUAUGCUGUUCCGGUACUCCUGGGUCGGCAGUGGAUCACUCGAGUUUGGACCUUACAGGAGGCCGUCCUAAACCCGAAUCCAUAUAUACAAUGCGGGUCUAAACGAUUACCCUGGCGGUCAUUGAUUCACAGUGUCGCGUUUAUUUCACGUUUCGGUUGGUUCAACGAGGCGGCUCACCGGUGGAUUGCAUUAGUCAAGAUGUGGAAUGAGAUUCAUAUUGAUCCUAACGAUGCUAAAACCCUGGACGAGUCACGUAAACAAUUCUUCAGGCGCGCCAAACCCGAAUCGAGGACCUCUUGGAUGAUGCCUAUUUUCGUAACCUUCAUUCUGGAGUUCGUGGGUCUCUUCCUCACUCUAUUUGCAAAGAGUAGUAUUGUACUUUAUGUAUUCUCUGCAACUUGUGGUCUGUACCUUGCGCUUUUUCUCCUGGCAAUGGUCAACUGCAACCUGCUCAGGUGGGAAAGGGGGUAUAAUACUUCUUUACACCCGGGGACCAUACUAAAUCCCCUCCGAGCAAUAGUCCAGGAGAUCCGCCGACGGAGAUGUCUUGAGCCGAUCGAUCGAAUUCGUGGUGCGGUUGAGGUAUUAAACCAGCUAGGUAUCAAUAUUGGAGGGCCCGUAUCGACCGAUAAUUUUGCCGCGAUCAGUACAGAAUUGACCGUCAAAUGUCUUGAGGGAUGCAAAUCUCUCAAUCUCCUUCUUUGUUGCUCGAAUCAAGGACCGAAGGGGCAGCCUUCUUGGGUGCCCAAUUGGGAUCUGUCUGGAGAAGACUCAUGGCUAGACCCUAAGUAUCUGAGUUUCACCCCCAUGGAUCUACGGUCGGCACGAUAUUCUGUUACUGCCGAGUUGCACGACCCUCAUACGUGGGAGCACUGACUUCGGCGUUGGUUCGCUUCUAUCACCGGCACGGGCAAUACGGGAUACGAUGUAGGUGGUCACCUUCGGCCGUUAGGGCCAGGUCCGAAUGGCGGGGACUGGCCUACAUCGGGGAUGUGUACUCCAAUGUCUAGAUCGGUUUGGAGCCUUCGCGAUAAU